AUGCGAUGGCUUACCUCGCUCGCGGGCUAUGUUGCCCCCAUCUUCCUGAUCCUGUCGCCCGUGCUAUCAUAUAGCGACCAGGCGAUGGCCAUGCAUCGCAACAAGUCGAGCGCUGGCUUCUCCCUGGACAUACCUCUGAUCAUGCUCAUCGCGUCUAUGUUCAGGAUAUUCUACUACCCGGGCGCCCGAUUCGACACUGCACUGCUCAUACAAUCGUUCCUGAUGGUGAUAAUGCAGCUGUUGCUGUUGAAGAUAGCUCUGGAUCACCGCCCCGGCCCAGCAUCCAAGGGCGGCGACGCAGCGGUCCCGUUUGCUGGGGCCAAGGAGGGCUUCUUUGAGAAACAGCGGCCAUAUCAGUUUUGGCAAUGGCGGUCGCCCAAGCCAUACUGGCAGUUCCUGCUCUGGCUGUUCAUCAUCCUCACAGCACUCGAGCUGGCUCUUGCGCCCUUCCGCGGCCUCUACUCGUCGUACUCCAGCCUGCUUGGCUACAUUGGCCUCUCUGUCGAGGCGACGCUACCGCUGCCCCAGAUAUUUGCGAACGCGCGCUCCCGGUCGUGCAAGGGAUUCAGGGUCUCCGUCCUCGCCAGCUGGCUCGCUGGUGACGCGAUGAAGAUGUUCUGGUUCUUCACGUCAGUAACCGAGAUCCCCUGGGCUUUCAAGCUGUGCGGCAUGUUCCAGGCGGGCUGUGAUGCUUUUCUGGGAGUGCAGUAUCUCAUGUAUGGGUCUGGAGAAGGUAAGCUGAAGGACGAGGGCGUCGUGCCGGAGUGGAACGGAGAGAUGAAGAACUUGCCCAUCCCAAGUGCAGAAUGCAACGAUCUCACAGAGCUUAUCGGCCGCCCAGUCCUUAGCGAGUGCGGCGAGCAGAAUAUGUAUGAGCUCAUCAUCGAUGAUGGUACCAUCAUGCUGCAGGUGGGCGCCACUAAGAACUGCGAGCCCACCAGGGUGGCAGGAUGGACGUUCGAGGCUGGUCCUGGCGGUCCCAGCGUCUGCCAAUCCACCGAGACACACUCUAACAUGACUCCGGGCAACCACAAGGUUUUCAAUGCUGGCAAGCCGCAUCCAAAGCUCGAUAAUAUCAACGAUCUCAGUGCGGCCCUGGUCGAGGCCGGAGUUUUCUGA